AUAGUCAGAGCAGCGCUUGAAUAGCGCGCCUGAGACACGGACAUUGAUUCUAGCCAGGCUAAUUUAAACCAACCUUGCAACACUCGAGACUCGCGUCAGUCGAACGAGGCCCCCAGGCCCCUACGCUCAAGGAUAAGGCGAACGAUACGCUCAUUUGUAUAAUAACAUUGUCAUCGGCUGCUGGACAGCGAAGCCCGAACGUCGCGAGCUGCUCGUCUGUCAGAGGCUGAUUCAAAGACAGGUAACCUGUCGUCGAGGAUGCCCAUUCUCUGAGGAGAAUGGCGCCUAGAGGAGCAGUGUGGGCGGUGGGGCUAGCGCUGCUUGCGCUGGCCAGCACCGCCACGGCGCUGCCAGAGGAGUUCGCGCUGCAACUAGCGAAGGGCAGGACCCUUAUGUCCAGUGGAGGGCCAGCAAGCUCGCCUACGCCCAGCCCCAGCCCCAUUCCCCCGGGCUGCGAGCCGUACAACGAGUUUCCCGGCUAUCUGUGUCCCUCAGGGAAUAACUGCAGCUUUACGCCUUUCUCGCUUGUGUACGCUGGUACAAUCUCAAAGGACCAGAACUUCACAGCCUGCUUCACUGUCAAGAUAGCGCGAUGCGCCCCUAAUGACACGUGCUGCAACUCGGUGUUCAACAAUGUCGACAAGCUGAUGAUCAACACCAAGCUUGAAUGCAGCGACGGCUUUGAGGACAUCACCAUUGACGGCACGGUCGUGCCAUCACGCUUUGACUACUUCGCGUCGGGCGUGUCCUCGCUGACCGCCUACGACCUGGCCGGGCUGGGCCUCAUCCGCGAGGGCGCCCAGGUCUGCGUGCACAUCAGCUCGUGCUGCAGGAACUUCGCCGAGGCGUUUGACACGAAUCGCGCC